UUCAUGUUGCUUAAAUGCAUGCUCACCUGUACAAAACAUUCGAAUAAGACAUAUGCACUUGUUGCUGCACACUAGUGCACAGUUUUGUGAAAGGGAAACCAGACAAUGUCUGCAUCAUCGGAUUUAAUCGGUUCCAUUGAUCAGGGAACGAGCAGCACCAGGUUCGUGGUAUUUGAUAGUAAAGACGCCAAGCAGGUGACAUAUCAUCAGAUAGAAGUUAAACGAUUUUAUCCCAAAGAAAGCUGGUGCGAGGAAGAUCCGCUUGAGAUUCUGCAGUCCGUACACGUGUGCAUUGAGAAGGCGGUGGAUAAUCUCAAGGCACUCGGUAUCAGUCCUGAAAGGAUCAAAGGCAUUGGUUUGACGAACCAGCGAGAAACGAUAGUGGUUUGGGACAAAACAACUGGUAAACCCCUCUACAACACCAUACAAUGGCUAGACCUCCGCGCCGUACCCUUAGUACAAGGAUUCAUCGACAAAACUCCAACCAAAAACUUGGAUGCAUUUCGGCCAAUAACCGGCCUCCCGAUAUACACAAGCAGUAUUAUACGCUUCCGCUGGUUGGUAGACAACGUCCCGGAAGUGAAAAGGGCGGUGGAGGAAGGCAGGUGCUAUUUGGGGACAAUUGAUGCAUGGUUGCUAUGGAACUUGACGGGUGGACUAGAUGGAGGCCGCCACAUUUCAGAUGUCACAAAUGCAAGCCGAAUGUCUGUGAUGAACAUAAACACAAUGGAAUGGGAUGACUCCCUUUGCGAGUUUUACGGAAUUGACAAGAAAGUACUGCCGGAAAUUACGAGUUCGGCUGAGAUAUACGGUAACAUGAAUGAGGGACCUUUGAAAGGAAUACCACUUGCAGGGAACGUUGGAGACCAGCAGGGGGCACUGUUGGGGCAACUGUGUUUCAAACCAGGUCAGGGAAAAAUUACGUAUGGGACUGCAGCUUGCCUUUGUGUCAACACAGGAGAAAGGUGUGUAAAGUCAACUCAGGGACUGAUUACCGCUCCAGCAUACCAACUUGGUCCUGAUAAACCUGUUAUUUUCUUGCUAGAGGGCGAUAUCCCAGUUGCAGGGGCCUGUGUCCGCUGGCUGAGAGACAACUUGGGUAUCAUAAAAACUGCAGAGGAAGUUGACAUGUUCGCCAGUAAGGUUAACAGCACCCAUGGUUGCUAUUUCGCACCGUUCUUCAGUGGACUGUAUUUCCCGGACUGGGAAAACGACGCCAGAGGCAUCAUCUGCGGUCUGUCAUCAUUCACCCGGAAGGAGCACAUUUGCAGAGCGGCCCUGGAGUCCGUUUGUUUCCAAGCGAAGCAGAUGAUUGACGCCGUGGCCGUGGACGCGGGUGUGCAGCUGACUUCCAUCAAGGUGGACGGCGGCAUGGUGGCGUCUGACACGCUCAUGCAACUUCAGGCAGACAUCUCCGGAUGUGACGUCCUGCGGCCCGUGAUGCAAGAGACGACCGCGCUGGGGGCCGCCAUCUGCGCGGGGAUUGCCCUGGGUGUCUGGGACGUUGAGUCGACGAAACAGGAAAUUCGGGACACCUUCCGGAGCGCCGUGAGCAGCGAGGAAAGAGAGGUGCGGUUCUCCAGAUGGCAUGAGGCCGUCCGCCGGUGUCGUCACUGGGUUCCAGCCGGAAGUGUCAUUUGAUUAACAUUAACAAUUAUUACAUGUCAAAUACUCAGAAUUAAGAAAUUCUCAUUUGGCCGAUAAAAACCGACAUUACCGAUCUAUUGGACCUGGGUGUAGUAUUUGUUAUUGGUUCCAGAUUGGACACACAUGGGUACGAACAUGGUUUUGCAGAAAUAAACAUUUUACUCAUUUAUUAAAUAGUUAUUGGUG